UUCGCGCUCCCGGAGGAAGUUUGACCCACGCGGAGCCCCGUCGGCAGCUUCUCCUCCGAAAAAGAAGCGGAAAAUUCCCGCCAGUUUGAAUGAUCGUCGGAAGCGGCGCGCAGAGAGGAUUGGCGGCCGCUGUUUCUCUUUAAAAUGUGGGAUGAUGUUGAGCUCUUGGCAAGUGAUGAUACCGGAAGCGGACGCCUCGGCAUCCAGUCCCGUCAAGAGAGUGGAAGAGCGCUUUACCAAAUCAAUACACUUGUUAAAAUCACCUCAUCUGAAAGGGUCUCGUCUAAUCCAGAGCUGUACGCAUGUCACUCGAGCGAUGGCUGUGUUUUGGUGGCUGACAGAACAGUGGUUGUGUUGGACAAUAUUUGCCAGUCUCUUCAGAUGUUUAUUCAGUUUGAAACCGAGGUGGACGUUGUCAGCUUGUGUCAAGAAGGGAACUUUCUCGUGGCUGGAGAAAGAAGUGGCAAAUUGCAUCUGAUUCAUGUCUCUUCAAAGCGAACCUUGUUAACGAACAUGCUGGCUCAGAACUCUUCAAACGGCAGAACGUACCUGAAUCUCAUUCUAGAGAAACAUCGUUCAGACAGCGGGACCUACCAUGCGUUCGUUGUCACAAACAAUGGGUUCUUCUGUAUUCUGCACCUCCCUCUUGCCAAAACGCAGGAAGCUAUCGGCAAGAUGGACGUCCAGACUGCAAAGAAGCUCCAAGGGCAAAUUGAAACCUGCUUUAUUUCUACCGAAGAUUAUCAUACUCGUGGCUGCCUUACUGCUGUGGCUCAGUAUACAGCAAACAAGAUAUCUCUGAUAAUAGGGGGUGUCGGUAAUGACGUGAUAACUGUGUGGGAGGUGGAUCCUGAUAAAAAGCUGAUAUCCAUUCAAAAUGUCGCGGAUUCAAGCAUGAUUAAAGCUGCAAAAAAGCUACAAGUUGUAGAUAGCUUGUUAUUUGUCUUGGAUAACGAGAACGUUUUGUCCUCGUGGGACAUUUACUCCCUCAUUAUGACAUGGGACUGCCCGUCAUUUCUCAUCGAAGAUUUCCUUCUGACUUCCGAAUCUGAUGUUUCAGCAAACGCAGGACAGAGGAUCGCCAAUCUUAAACUGGUUGCUUUAACAACACCCGAAGGGGAUAAACAGAUGAAAAGCAUCAUGGUGUUUUCCCUGCCUGCAAUGCACCAGCUGUAUUUCUUGGAAGUAGCAAAUGUUUCCUCACUGGUUCGAAGUGGAAUAAAUACAGAUACAAUAUAUUUUCUAGAAGGGAUGUGUGGAAAUACCCAAAUGCCUUGCGACGUUCUAAUUUCUUUUCUGGUCAUGAGGUGCCUAACAGAAGCGUUACCUGAAAAUAGAUUGAGUCGUUUGCUUCACAAGCAGAAGUUCACCGAGGCGGAGAACUUUGCCGUUCAGUUUGGGCUGGACGUGGAGCUUGUGCACAAAGUAAAAAUGACCUGCCUCUUGGGUAGACUGGUUUCAGAAUCCGCCGAGGAUGAUCCACAAUCAGCCUGGCCCGAAUUCGUGGCUCAAGCAAAAGAGACCCUGAAUAAAAUAAAGGACGACCCGUUUGUGGUUGAGUAUUGCAUAAAAACACCGUGGCCAACGUAUGAAAUUACUCAGGAGAUGCUGAGUUACGCCCAAAGCAGGCUCCUGAAGAGAAACGAUACAGCUGUGGCUUCUUUUUCAGCCAGGGACCCCGUGUCGCUUACAGAGGUGUUGAAGGCACACGCAAGACUUAUUACGUUUUAUGGAGCCUUUGGGCCAGAAAAGUUCAGUGGAUCUGCUUGGCUUGAAUUUCUCAACAAUAAGAACACCUUCAUGGACGUCGUUUUACAGCUAAAGGAAGGAAGUCUCUCUUCUGCGCAGUAUCUCUGGCUGAGACACGAGGCCGACUUCCGAAGCGGCUUUACGGCGACGAUGCUGGAGAGCUUGCUUAACGCCAUCCUUGCCGCGGUUUCCCUCAGAGACCUCUGCCGGUGGCUGAGAGAGGUGGUUCUUCCUUUCCUAAGGCAGGUUGUGCCUCACGGACAGAGCAAAAUAGCCAAAUGGCUGGAGCAGCGUGCUCGGGACCUUGAGUUGACGGACAAGGCCAACUGGCCAGAAAACGGGCUUGAAAGGGCCGAAGUGUUUUUUACCUGCAAAGAACGGGGUGAAAUUGGACCGGUGGCUUCGUGGCACCUGUUGCCUUCGAAGGAGAAUAACUGCACGGAGAUCCGUAGUCUGAGAGAGCUGGUCACUGCUUUGCAGGGCUUGGUGGACCUCUACAGGAAAUUCAACUGCAAGUUGGCGCUCUGUGACUUUGAAAAGGAAACCGCAAAUAGAAUAGCAUUCCGUAUGUUCGAUAAAGUUCUGGCUGCGGAACUCAUUCCAAUAACUUUAGAAAAGUACAUCGGCCCGUAUAUGCACCAGCAUAAUCUGCAAAAAGAUGAAAUUCUCUUGCAGUAUGUAAAGGAUUUGCUGCAGCGACACAGCGUCCGGUCCACCUCGGUUCUGGACACCACUUGGGAAGCGAAAGCCAUCGCGGUCUUGAGCUGCGUGUCGGACGUAGAGCUGGUCUUUGAAGGGGUGCUGGCCAUCAUGCAGAGCGCGGUGGUGCCCUGGAGCCCAGAAGUGGAACACCUGGUACAGCGGUACCUCAACAUGAAUCAUGCCAAGGUGAAACUGCUGCAGGAGGGUUACCGGCUGAUGGAAAUGAAGAAGGUUUUGCGGAACUACGGCAUAAGAGACACCAACCUUUUAAACGACAAACACAUGAUACUGAGGCUGGUAAAGUACAUUCUAAAGCAAGACACGUCUUCUUCCCUGGACGACGCCUUGAAAAUGGUCAACGCGUUCAUGUUGCCUGCGGCGGAAGUUUACCUCUGGAGGAUCGCGAACCUUAUUGAUAAAGAAAAAGUAGAGGACGUUCUGGACUUACUCAAAGCACUGCCUCCGUCCGAAGCUGUGGAGGUUGCCGAGAGAGCGUUGAUCUGGGGGCGCGAGGAACUGGAGAGAGGAGCAGGUGCCGGGGAAGAAGAGCAGAAAAUGCAACUUUAUUUAAAAAAAGGACUUGGAGAGAUCGUCAAGUUUCUGCUUCGUCAGCCUGAAGAAGACGUCGUGAAGAAAGAGGUGUACAAAGCAGAGUUGAAGCUCUUUAAAACCCUGGCUGUCUUGCAGGAGAAUUUUGGUAUCUGCCUUUCGCCCAAAAACUAUGGGAAUCCGUCGGUAAGGUCUCAGUUGCUAGAAGAGAAUAUUGAAACCUAUGAAAACAUUGGGGAUGCCGGAAAAAUGCAGAAAGAGGAGACCAGCCUGGAGACACAACGGAGGUGGAAGGGAGGGUUGACUCGGUCAAAUCUUUGGCGGCUGGCUUCCCUUCUGGACAGGACAAAGCAUGAGAUGGGAGCCGAGCUGGCGAGGAGAGCGUUGGAUACCGGAAAGGUUGACGAGGCCUUAAAGAUAUGCAGAGACUUUUACGAAAACGACCACAACGAACAGACGGGCCAGCUGCUGUUUUCAACCUGUCAAAAGCUUUGUCACGCGUUGGGUUCUGACCCUCUGAUGGUUAUACCACAAGAAUUAAAUCUUCCGGCCGAGAUCCACAAGAUAGCGUGCCAAGCGGCGACCCUUUGCAGUCCCGACCUCACUUUGGGUACCCUGGAACUUUGCAAAUAUACCUCGUUUGCCUUGGAACUUUCCAGAAAGUGCCAGAUUGAGGAAGACUAUGGAUUCAUAUCAAAGGCAACCUCUCCAGCCGCUGAUAAAGACCCUUAUACCGAGUGGGUGUUUGACGACUUCUUCGUGGAAGACGGCGCCGUGCUCGACCCGCCAGCUGUGCUACCUCUGAUUUACGAAAUCACUUCUUCCAUGGUUCCUGUGACAGAACAGAAGCAGCACCCUCUGGAUUCGGUCAGUUUGCCAUAUUGCCCCUUAAAACAAGGAAUGAGUCUCUGCUUCUCCUGCCAGAAUCCCAUCUCUGUCCUGCUUAACAACCUGCAGGAAUGCAGUCAGCACGAGCUGGCUUCUGGGCUGAUCAUCCUCACUUUGAGUUCGCUGUUUCAACACAUGAUCACCAACAAUAUGGAUAUCGCUCUGGGCCAAAAGCUGCACGACCAGAAGACACAGGAGGAUGCCAGGGGAUUCUUGCUCACGAUGGUGCAGAGUUCUCCGUUACUGAUCAAGGGCAUCGUGACGGCCCUUCUGCACAAGGUGUUUAACAGUUCCCUGGUCGAUCACAACCUUGCCCUGGGAUAUUGUACGCUUUUGCCUAAGGAAGCUGUCUUUCAAAAUCUCUGGGACAUCAUCAAUAAAACAGCGCAGAAUUACAGCAAAAUUCUGGUGGUCGGUCUCGUUGGAGCGCAACUUGCCCGUCUUUAUGAAGACGUGAAGGAGAAGGAAGCGUUUGAAGAGUUAAUCGUUGAUGCCGAGUGGGGUUUCCAGCUGGCUAAACUCGGGAUCUCCUUCCAGAACUUAUUCCGGACACCACCAGUGAGGAAGAAAGAGCUUCUAAAAAAUUUAGUUCAGCACCCAGAUGUGGACACCCACCUCGUACUGAAAUACUGCAGUACUUACCAGUUAGACACCGAUGCCGCGUUGCAGCUGUGGAUUGAGACACGCCUCUGGAAUGCCAGCACGAGCCACGUGGAAAGGGAGGCGUCGGGGAAGACCUCGAAGCCUCCCGACACGCACGCUGCGAUCGUCACCAAAGCGGUGGAAGCCAUUCCCCUUUUGAACAGCGCCACAGGUUUGGUUACCAGCCUCUCGGCGAUGUUGCACAAGCUUGAUCCCUACGACUACGAAACUAUUGAAAGCCUUCUCGCGAUUAUAGAAAAGGCCGGGGCAGGGACAACAGGCCUCCCACUGAAUCGGGCCCUGAUGCUCAUAAAACAUCUGAAAUCGUAUAAAAGGCUCUCCCCUCCUGGAGAUCUGGAGCUUCAGUAUCUUUUCGAACAGGCCAUUCCCCUGUCGCCAGCGGCUCAAACCAGGCUGCCUUUCCACUUGAUCUUCUUCAGACCGUCUCACUGUUUUUGGAAAAUCAUUCCUUCAGAGUUAAGUGAAGAAUCGUUCCCGGAGCUACUUUUGAUCUCCAAACUUAUGAAGUUCCCCUUGGAUCCCCUCUACGUUUCGGCCGCCAACCACCUGUUCCAAAAGAAGCUGAAACCGAAAAUCCUGAAAUCCGCAAACAGCGGAGGUUUGCCGGGAGACGACAAGGACUUGGGGAAAACGGUCCAGACCAUUCAAUCUUACUUGGCGUCCAUCGCGAACCCCGAAUGGGCCACGGCUCUCGCGCUCAACAUCGCUCAGGAACUUCCCGCAGGGCCCAUCAAGGUCCAGGCUUUGAAAAUCUGCCUCGAUUUGGCUAAGAAAUGGCUGAAGAACACGACGGGGGAGGGAGAGUCUCGGGAGAAGGCCCAGGUUCAUCUAAAGAAGCUGCAGGUCCAGCACCAGCGGUCGGCUACAGAGGCCGUGCUUACCACCCACCGGCUGGACUCCGAGGACCACCUGAAGCUGAUCGGGAAGCCGGCCAAGCUGAUCGUCUUGCUCUAUCAGCACAGCAGCAUCGCCGAAAGGCUUCACCGCCCAACCGCUAGAGACGACCCCGAUAUCCAUGCUGCUGCUAAAGAAAUAGCGGAGAUCAAUGACUUAGAUAUGAAGAAAAUAUGGGAGAUGCUGUUAGAAAAAUGGCUGUGUCCCAGCGUGCUACCGACGGAUAAAACCCCAGAACACUUUGGGAACCUCCAAGAAGACGAAGAUUUCAAGAGAGUCAUAUAUCUCCUCCAGCUGCAACCUCUGGAUCAUAGCCUAAGAAUCCUCUACGAAUAUACAGUAUCUACCACCUCUCCUGUCGGAGUAAACCAGCUGACGUUUGCUCACCGAAGCCGGGCCCUCAAGUGUUUGCUCUACUUGGGUGACUCGUCUGCUGUCGAAUCACUCUUCAAAAAGCCUAUUGAGAAAGUGAAAUAUUUCCUGAAGUGCUUAAUUUAUCUCACCGUGUUUGAAACUCUGAAUAUUCCUUACACCUACGAAUCGUUCCGCAGCGCUCCCAAAGAGGGGAUGAUCAAAGGAUUGUGGAAAAACCACAACCAUGAGCCUCUGGCAGUGAGACUGGUGGCCGAGCUGAGUCUAGAAUACCAACUCCACGACCCUGUGCUUUGGAAUGGUUUGUUACAGAAGCUGAUUUACUUCAAAAUGAUCCAUCCUCUCAGGAGAGUUUUAGUAGCCAUUUCGGGUGUCCAUUCGUUAUGGCAGGUUCCGAACUUCAGCCGAGCCUGGCAGAGUGUCAUUCUGGCACCGUUUCUCUCAGCUGUGCAUCCGCUAAACGCUAGCCAGCAAGAAGCCUGCUAUGAGUCUUUCAAACUGCUGUUAACGUGUCCUGUCCUGGCUGACCUAGAUCUCAUUAGGAUUGCGAAGCAGUACGCCGAGCUGGGUCUGUCGGCUUUGGCUUUAGGAUGCCUGUUGCUGAUUCCUCAGCCCGAGAAAAAAAAACAGCAGAUCCAGGGCUUCCUAGCUUCAUGUCAUCCGGAGGCUGUUUUACAAGAAGUGGAACAGAUGAGCCUGGGCGAAGGAGCGGGUUUUGCUUCACAGAUUAGGCGUUUGAUUCUGGAUUAUAUCUUGAAUGAGACGUUUGAAGGAUUUCCAGCCGCCAAAUACUCCUUUUUAUUGAAAUUCGAAGAGAUGGAUCCUGACAAAGUGAAGGGUCUGGUGAAAAAACUUGUACAUAAGGGCAGGAUAGACGAUGCAGCAAGUCUAAUAACAGAAUCCCUUAAAAGAUCUGGAAAUCCUCUCCCACCAGAGAAGUCACCUUCAGAGGUUGUGAAGAUGUACUUCAGUGGGGAGCUGGCAUAGACCUCUCAUCGUAACUCCUAGAAGGGGACAGAGCGUCUAAGGACUCCUAGAACAUUAUUUUACAAUAGUCACUAUUUCCAUUUAGAGUGUGGGUUUUUUUGUAAUGUGCAUAUACUAAUUUAAACCCAUGACAACUUCCUGCUGCUUUUAAGGCCGACUACUCCCUCCUCAGACAUCAAAUAUAAAUAGUUUUACUGAAUCCGGUUCACUGCCAUCCAAACCCCAUUUACUGUAUAUCCUAUGUUUUAAUAAUGUACACGAAGGUCAUACAAAAUGUUUCUUAUCUGUACUUUGUAUGUUUAUUUGUUGAUGUUUACACUGUAAAUAAAAUUGCUGUUAGAAAAGUAAAGUCAAAACAAGUGUUUAUUACAA